GAGGCUGCGCGUGUUGAGCGCUGUGUUGUCAAUGCCUUUUCCUGGAUCGGUGGUUGUGUCGUGGGGCGACGUGUCGUAAUAAGUGGUAUCAGGGAAGAUUGCUGUUGAUUUUUUAUCUGCGAGUCGGGACACAUUUGAAGAUCAUUUGGUUGCUGUACAGUCUUGUUAAAAUCACUUUAAUUUAAAAUGGAAAAUCCUGCGUCGCCUGGAAUGGACAAGCCAGUGACAGCGCCGUCGCAGUCUGCUCCCAGACUGGGAGUGAUUGUUGCCAUUGUUGCCGUGAUUCUCAGCACAAUUCUUCUGUUCCUGCUGCUCAAACGUCGAGUUCGGCAGACAGCCAUCUUGUUCAUUGGUCUCUGUGACAGUGGCAAGACUCUGCUUCUCUCACAUAUUGGGCAGAACAUGUACAAAGGCACACAUACAUCCAUCGAGCCCAAUGAAGCAUCAUAUUCUCCUGAUGGCAAGCGCCGACUGGAGCUCGUGGACGUGCCGGGCCACGAGCGGCUGCGGCAGACCGCGCUCGACCGGUAUAAGGGCGCGGCGCGCGGCCUCCUGUUCGUCGUCGACAGCACCACCGUGCAGAAGCAGCUGAAGGACGUUGCCGAGUACCUGUACACGGUGCUGACGGACCCGGUGAUUGCCGCCCUGCAGCCGCCACUGCUGGUGCUCUGCAACAAGCAGGACCAGGCCAUGGCCAAGGGCGCCGGUCUGAUCCGCACACAGCUGGAGCGCGAAAUCAACACGCUGCGCUGGACCAAGGCGUCCAGCCUGCAGGGCACCGACGAAGGAACGGCGUCGACGGCGGCGCUGGGCCGCGACGGCCAGGAGUUCGAGUUCGGCCACCUGCGCCAGCCGGUCGAGUUCGUCGAGGGCUCGUGCGGCGCCAGCGAGGACGACGAGCCGAGCCUGGAGCCCGUCCGGGCCUGGCUGAACAUGCUGGCCUGAGCGGCCGCCUCCGCCGCCCCGACCGGCUCGCCGGGUCGCGGCGUUGUGUGACACGAGCGCUCGCGGAGAAGUGCGCGGAGAGAUUCGUCUGUGGUUUGGAGGUGGUGAGGUCGGAGCACUGAAGAGGCGCCGGGCUGCGGGUGAUGCUGCUAACACGGCGCCAUACAGGAUGAUAGCUGUGGACCUUGCUCUGUGCGACGCUUUCCAUGCUGCGGUCGUUUGUGCUUCUCAUGGGUGGUUGGUUGUUUUGGGUGGGAAUGAAUUGGUGUUGCUUUGUGCCUGUCUCUUUUCUCUUUACGGUGACCAGAUUUCACACCAUCAACGUCUUCCUCCAAGUGCGUUUUGAUCUUUGGAAUGCUAUGCAUAUUUCCAAACAGGCCUCUCACUGGCAGCCCGGUCCUGGUCACAAGUCCGAUUUGGUGACGUACUGAUCUGUGAAUGAGAUUCACCUGACCAUCGCCAUUACAUAUUUCUUCGUGUAUCAGUUUGCGGGAUUUUCUCCCCUUUUAUCAGUCAUUUGUAGCCAUUUUGUUGAGUCACGUCCUAAAUAAUUUUGGGGCUCACAUUGAGAAUACAAGUUGGAAGAUUACGACGUCGCCGGGUAUCGCGGUUUCGGCACCUAGUACCUUCAAACAGACAAAGCAGCGACAUGUAUAUGGCCAGAAUUCGCUGGUUAGGGUUAAUUACGACAGCAAACGAUGACGUGCGUGUUUCUACGUAAUGUUAAACGUGAACACCUACAUUACCACGUGGCGCAGUUGAAGCCCGUACCGGAAUGCAGUAUUGUUGAUCCCUUACAUUUUCAUCAGCUGCGUGCGAGUUUGGUUUCAUUCGAACGCGUUGGGUUUUCCGGGGCCGUGACAAGCAAGCUGGAUGACAUUGAUCUCGCGCGAUUUCGUAAGGGAGUUGGCUCGGUGGUUUCGAAAUAAACUGCAUUUUCGACGU